UGCCGGGUCUCGUGGCCAUGUACCCGAGCUUGGUACAUCCCGUGGCCGCGUUUCAUUCCACCGCGCAGCCCACUUUCCACGCACACUCCGCGUUUAGGGCUCGCUCCGGCUUUCUGGUGGAGGAUUUGUUGCGCAUCGGCUCUUCAGCUUCUUCUUCAUCUCUUUCCUCCAAUAAUAUUCCAUCAGAGUGUCCCGUGGCUGGACUUUCCUCUCCAAAAACCUCAAGCAAAGACCAGACACACCUCAAAUUCGGUGUUAAUGCCAUCUUGGCACACACCCCCAAAAAAGCUUCAGUUCCUCGUCCUGUUCCUGAAGUUCAUCCCAAAGCCCUGUCUGUUCCGUAUUUUGAUGGAUCCUUCUACCCUUUUCUUCGCUCUUCUUAUUUCCCCGGGUCGUCUUCUGUGGUCCCAGUUCCUGGAACAUUCUCAUGGCCAUUGGCCUCCAGAGGAAAGCCCAGGAGAGGGAUGCUGCGCAGGGCUGUGUUCUCAGAUGUGCAGCGAAAAGCUCUGGAGAAAAUGUUCCAAAAACAAAAGUACAUUAGCAAACCAGACCGGAAAAAACUUGCCACCAAACUGGGCCUUAAAGAUUCUCAGGUGAAGAUCUGGUUUCAGAACAGAAGGAUGAAGUGGAGGAACUCCAAGGAGCGUGAGCUGUUGUCAUCCGGAGGUUGCAGGGAACAGACGCUGCCAACAAGGACAAACCCUCACCCUGACCUGAGUGAUGUGCAGGAUAAACCAUUACACCAUGAGGAAGAGGAUGAAGUGGAUGGACUGAGAAGUGUACACACUACAGAUUUAUGCCGUUCACCAAAAUCUCAGUGCUCACACCUUAGCAUGUCUUCACCAUUGAGCAAACACUCAGACUCUUCUGACUCAGAGGAUGAGAUCAUGGUUUCGUAACCUUUAUCAAAAAGUAUGUGUGUGCUUAUUGGAUCUUGUUAUCAGCACUCGCUUAAACCUUCUUGCUGUGUUACACAGCGGUUUUGGAACUGUACAGUUUUGUACAAAUAUUUUUGUAUGGAUAUUUUAUACCAAGAAUUUUAAGUUACAUA